AUGGAAGGCCGCGUGGCCAUCUGCAGGAAGGGUGUGCGAGCAGAGCGAGCAGUAGUAAGGGCAGUAGACCCGAGAGUGAGCAGGGGGUGGAAUGGCUCGGAGAGCCAGAGUGGGUCAGGCAAGUUUCUCCCCGAAAGCUGGAAGCGUGCUCCUCAUCCACGUUAUUUCCGCUCAUUAAAGUCCUGGAACUUUAGGGCAGGGCAGGGUGGGCUUGGAAUAGGGACAAGGAACGGAAGCGGGAAGGGGAGGAGCACGCACCCCUCCCCGCCUUGGUGCGCGCCGCGCCCCCUACCCUCUCGGUACCAAGUAGGGGACGCGCGGGCCGGACGCGCCCAGACGGCCGCGAUGGCGCCAAUGGCCCGCGGGCUCCCCUGGGGCAUGGGCCCCUACCCGGCCUUUCGAGGCUGGGGCGCGGCCGUCUUCGUGUGGCUGUUUCUCAGAACCUUGUGCACAGCCCCAGCCAGCGCCAUCCAGGUGACGGUGUCAGACCCCUACCACGUGGUGAUCCUAUUCCAGCCCGUGACCCUGCCCUGCACCUACCAAUUGACCACGACCCCUACGGCACCCAUCGUCAUCUGGAAGUACAAGUCUUUCUGCCGGGACCGCAUCGCCGAUGCCUUCUCCCCGACCAGUGCCGACAACCAGCUCAAUGCCCAGCUAGCAGUGGGUAACCCAGGCUACAACCCCUAUGUGGAGUGCCAGGACAGUAUGCGCACUGUCAGGGUUGUGGCCACCAAGCAGGGCAACGCCGUGACCCUGGGAGACUACUACCAGGGCCGAAGGAUCACCAUCACAGGAAAUGCUGACCUGACCUUUGAGCAGACGGGCUGGGGGGACAGUGGCGUGUAUUACUGCUCCGUGGUCUCGGCCCAGGACCUCCAGGGGAACAACGAGGCCUAUGCAGAGCUCAUCGUCCUGGGCAGGACCUCGGGGGUGGCAGAGCUCUUACCUGGUUUUCAGGCGGGGCCCAUGGAAGACUGGCUGUUCGUGGUCAUGGUCUGCUUGGCUGCCUUCCUUGUCUUCCUCCUCCUGGGCAUCUGCUGGUGUCAGUGCUGUCCGCACACCUGCUGCUGUUAUGUCCGGUGCCCCUGCUGCCCGGACAGGUGCUGUUGCCCGGAGGCGCUGUAUGCUGCAGGCAAAGCAGCCACCUCAGGCGUCCCAAGCAUCUAUGCCCCCAGCACCUAUGCUCACCUCUCCCCUGCCAAGACCCCGCCCCCACCAGCCAUGAUUCCCAUGGGCCCCAUCUACAAUGGGUACCCUGGAGACUUCGACAGGAAUAGCUCAGUUGGCGGCCACAGCUCCCAGGUACCCCUGCUUCGUGACACAGACAGCAGUGUGACCUCUGAAGUCCGCAGUGGCUACAGGAUUCAGGCCAGCCAGCAGGAUGACUCCAUGCGGGUCCUAUACUACAUGGAGAAAGAGCUGGCCAACUUUGACCCUUCUCGACCUGGUGCCCCCAAUGGCCGUGUAGAGCGGGCCAUGAGUGAAGUUACCUCCCUCCACGAGGACGACUUGAGAUCCCGGCCUUCCCGAGGUCCUGCCCUUACCCCAAUCCGGGAUGAGGAAUGGGGUCGCCACUCCCCUCGAAGUCCCAGACGGUGGGAGCAAGAGCCCCCGGUAGAGCGGCCAGGGAGUGGCUGGGGGGCCGGGCGGCCCCGUGCCCGAUCUGUGGAUGCUCUGGAUGACCUCACCCGGCCGAGCUCCGCCGAAUCUGGGAGGAGGUCUCCCCCAAGUAGGGGGAGGAGAGGUCAAGCCUAUAGACCGCCCAGAAGCCGAAGCCGAGAUGACCUCUAUGAUCAAGAUGACCCAAGGGAAUUUCCACACUCCCGGGAUUCCCACUACGAUGACAUCAGAUCUAGAGACCGCCCUCAUGCUGACCCUAGGUCCCGCCACCACCGCUCCCGGGACCCUCGGGAGGAUGGCUCCAGGUCUGAGGACCCCCAAUAUGAUGGGCGGCUACUGGAAGAGGCCUUGAGGAAAAAGGGGCCAACUGAGAGAAGGAGACCUUACAGAGAGGAAGAUGAGGAGGAGGCCUACUACCCUCCAGCGCCUCCCCCUUACUCUGAGACGGACUCCCAGGCCUCACGCGAGCGGAGGCUUAAGAAGAACUUGGCCCUGAGUCGGGAAAGUUUAAUCGUCUGAUCUCACUUUUUCUAUGUACCUUUUGUACUUUUUUUUUUUUUUUUAAUUUGAGGGACUUAUUGAUGAUCUUGCCCUCCUAAGUCUAAUAAAACGAUCACAAGGCCUA